UGACUUUUUUCAUCCUUCUUUUUUUUAUUUCUCCUUCCCUUUGUCUGUCUCAAAAUGGCAUCUGAGAACUUCAGACAGUGGCUUGAGGAGGGGAAAGCGUUGGCAGAUGAGUUGGAAGCCAAAAAGCCAUCAAAGAAAAGGAAACAGAAGGGAACCGGAGGCUCCAAUGUUUCCUGGAGGACGAGGGACCAUAAUGGGUACAUAGUACCAAAAUUCAUCAGAAAGAAUCGAUCUGUUAAACACAGGCGCACUAUGGAGGUGCCAGAAGUUGAGACCUCGCAGAUGGAUGAAGUUCCUCAAGAGGUCACAAAUCUUGAUAACCAUCUUCAAACACUGAGAGACCUGCUGAGUUCGGUCACCGUCCCUGCAUCAGCAGAAGUUGAGGAGACAACCAGCAUGUCUGUGUGGACCAAGAGGCAGCUGACCACAGAGAGAAAAUUCAAGGCUGCAGUGCCAGAGCUCCUGAGUUGUAUGCUGGCCGCAGAAAGAGUUCCCCAGCAUUGCUGUCAAAAGUGCAAAACAGUCAAGGCUGUGGUCAGGUGCUUGGACUGUGUUCCCUCAGGAGUUCAGUUUCUCUGCGCAGGAUGUGACUCAAUUGUCCACAAAAAAAAUGUAUUUCAUGACAGAGAAGUCAUGAUUGACCAUUUUUAUAAACACAUUCCUCCCACAUCCUUAGUGAAGAUGGAUGAAAGCGGUCAUUGUGAACUGGUUGAACAAGUAUGUAUGCUGCCGAUUCUUCCACCAACACAAAUCUGCUCCUGUGGCCCAGACCAAGAGUAUACCAUCUCUCCAGGAAAGCAGACUGUCUUGGUGACUAUCAAUGGUCCAUACAAUCUUUGUCUGCCUGCUGUGUAUUGCCCACAUUGCUCCUGCAAGUGGACCCCAGGGAUCAGUGACCUGAUUAGUAGCCGAUACUGGCCAGCAACAGCAACAGGGGGUUUCACCUGCGAGAGACCUUAA